ACCUCCGGCAACGUCACCGUGACGCCACAGUCAAAACAACCGAAACAUGAUGCUAGCGUCUCACACCCGCGAGUAAAAUGUCGUGUUUUUAGCGAUCGCCGAUGAAAGCUUUGGAUAUUUGUCAUCUGAAUGUCAUGAUCUUGUCGAACUAUGAGUUUGACAGCGUUUAUUUCGGUACAAGGGACCAAAAAGUCAUCAUAAAAGCACCAGUGUAGCUACCGGUUUGCUAACGACAGGCGUCAGACCAACAGUCAAACCCGUGUGAGAGGUUUGCAGGUAUCUGGAUCCCCGGGACAGGCCGGUGCUCACCGAAGAGACGGGGAACAGGAUCGGUAAGCAGGGGGGAGCAGGCACCGCUGAGCCCGUGGAGAAGAUGGCCAGCAGCCCGGAGAAAAGCUCCUCCGCACAGGAGCUCAAGGAGCAGGGCAAUCGCCUGUUCCUCAGCCGAAAAUACCAGGAGGCCGUGACCUGCUACAGCAAAGCCAUUAACCGUAACCCCUCAGUGGCCGUGUACUACACUAACAGAGCGUUAUGCUACGUGAAGCUACAGCAACACGACAAGGCGCUGGCCGACUGUAAACACGCCCUCGAGCUCGACAGCCAAUCAGUGAAGGCGCACUUCUUCCUGGGCCAGUGUCAGCUGGAACUGGAGAACUAUGAAGAGGCCAUAGGCAAUCUACAGAGAGCUUAUAACCUGGCGAAGGAACAGCGGCUGAAUUUUGGAGACGAUAUCCCAAGUGCUCUUCGCAUUGCCAAGAAAAAGCGCUGGAACAGCAUAGAAGAGAAGCGGAUCAGCCAGGAGAACGAGCUGCAUGCGUACCUCACCAAACUCAUCCUGGCAGAGAAGGAGAGAGAGCUGGACGACAGCAGAGUGAAGCAAACCGAGGACAUUCAGAACGGAGGCGAGAUCAGCAAAUCCAAAUCCAAACACGAUAAAUAUCUGAUGGACAUGGAUGAACUUUUCUCUCAAGUAGAUGAAAAGAGGAAGAAGCGAGAGAUCCCAGAUUACCUGUGUGGGAAGAUCAGCUUUGAGCUCAUGAGGGAACCCUGCAUUACUCCCAGCGGCAUCACUUACGAUCGCAAGGACAUUGAGGAACAUCUACAGCGUGUCGGCCAUUUUGACCCAGUCACCCGCAGCCAACUGACCCAAGAUCAGCUGAUCCCCAAUCUGGCCAUGAAGGAAGUGAUUGACGCUUUCAUCCAGGAGAACGGCUGGGUGGAGGACUACUGAACACACACACACACACACACACACACACACUCGAGCGGACUGCAGCAGAGUUUCCUCACGCUGAAUCGAAUCCUCUACUGUAUGUUCAUGCACUUUAAUCAGUGGAGCUUUGCUGUGGAGCGUCUCCCCGCAGGAGUCACCUGACCCUCUCUCUGUCCUCCAAACUCUCUCUGCUGUCCUUCCUUCUCAUUCAGAAUAAUCCUGCAGGUUUUGUUCAGACACUUCCUUUCAAUCUGAAACUUUGGCUGAUGUUUGCUGCUCAUGAUGAUGCUGUAAUCUCAUCACUGAAUGUUAAAAAGCAACAUUAUUGAUGACACAUCACUAAUAAUCACUCAUGAAAGAGGAAACUCUGUGCAUGCGAGUGUUGCGCAGAUUGGCGAGUGUGUUUUUUUUUUUUUUAGAAGCUGUCCCUAUGAUUUAUAUGCAGAAUGAAUGCGAUAUAUGCGAGUGUGUAAAGUUCUAACAUACGUAGAAUGUUUCUAAGACGCUUCUCGAGCUUUGGGUUCUAGCAGGAUGAUGGUUAUAAGGUUUUGUAAUGAGCGUUUAAUCCACAACAUAUAUUUAGACAUUCAUUCAUCUGCCAAUCAACGAAAACGAACUGAGAAUCUGUGGCGUGCAGGUGACAUCAUCAUCGUUAUGGUGUAUUAUUAUACGUUUAAUCUCACUAUGUGUGUCUGUGCGUUAGAGCGAGAGGUAAGUGAUUAUUUCACACUAUUGAUUUUGUCUUUCCCUUUGGACCUUUGGGGAGUUUUCUGUUUCCUGGCACGAACACACACACUUCCUGUUUAGUAUCAGUAUUUUCGUGGAUUUGAGCCCUUGUUAGUCGCUGGACGUCACAGUCCGGCUCGGCUCAAAUAUUCCCGAAGUGUAAUGAGUUUAGGUUGGAUGCAUGUUCAAUAAAUGUUAUUUUUGUUUCUUUUUGUAGCAAA